ACCUCUCAGGGCAGAGAAGUGUCCUCUAUCAACUGUCAAUUUCAAGAGACUCUUCCCUUCAGCACAGAUCAGCUUUUUACCCUCAGCAAGAAGAAUGGAGGAAAGGGGCACCAGUGAAAUGUUUCAGAGCAUGGAUCCAACUGUCACAACCCUGGGGACAACACCAGUAAAUGCAAAUAACAAGGCCAUUUCUGCACAUGAAAGGGAGAUUGUGAUCUCAGUCUUGCUGAUGGCAAUCUUUGGUCUGGUGGGACUGGCAGGAAACACAGUUGUGCUGUGGCUCCUGGGCUUCCGCACGCAGAGGACCGCCUUCUCUGUCUACAUCCUCAACCUGGCGGGAGCCGACUUCCUCUUCCUCUGCUGCCAGAUGAUGCGUUCCCUGCAGACAAUCAUCAAUUACUUCCAUUCUGUCUCCAUUGGCAUACCUCGCUUUUACGUCAUUGUGUUGAACUUUGCCUACAUCACAGGCCUAAGCUUUCUCAGCGCCAUUAGCACUGAGCGCUGCCUAUCUGUCCUGUGGCCCAUCUGGUACCGCUGCCAUCGCCCCAGACACAUGUCAGCUGUCAUGUGUGCCCUGCUCUGGGCCCUGUGCCUGCUGCUGAGCAUCGUGAAUGGGAGAUACUGUGGCUUCCUCUUGAAGGAUCAUCUCGAAGACUGGUGUAAAGUAUUAGAUCUCAUCACUGCUGGGUGGCUGAUUUUCUUAUUUGUGCUUCUCUCAGGGUCCAGCCUGGCCCUGGUGACCAGACUGCUGUGUGGCUCCCAGCGGGUGCAGCCGACCAGGCUGUAUGUGACCGUCCUGCUCACAGUGCUGGUCUUUCUCCUCUGCGGCCUGCCCUGGGGCAUCCACGGGUUCCUCAUAUACCGGAUUAAUAGUGGUUCACAUGAGUUCUCCUUUCAUCUUUACCUGGUUUCACAUGUCCUGUCCUGUAUCAACAGUUGUGCCAAUCCCAUCAUUUACUUCUUCGUUGGCUCCUUCAGGCAGCGAUGGAGGAAGGGAAGGCCGUCCCUGAAGCUGGUUCUCCAGAGGGCUCUGCAGGACACUCCGGAGGGGGAUGAACAUGGAAGACGUCCUCCUCAGGAAACUCUGGAGAUGUCGGGAAGAGUAUUGAGGCAGUGAUGAAGAGCCUCUGUCCUGGUCAGUCAGACGUGACUUUGAGGGUCAAUACUGCCCUGCUAGCCUUGGCAAUUACCUAGUCUUCUCUCAGACUCAUGCCUCAGAAAUGACUCAGUGGUUCCUCAGUGUCUUCAUUUAUGUUGUUUUUAAUCUGGCUUUUCUAGUUUUUCUGUGAGAAAUCGUUAGUCUGAAUGUUAUACCUCUCCAUCGUUACCAAUA